CAUUCUUCCAUUUUUAUUUUUUAUUUUUCUCGUCGCUCUCCUUCUCCUCCUCCUUCUCUCUUUCUCUUCUUCCCUUUUCCUUCUCCUUCACCUGCCGCCGAAGGAAAAGGUUGCCGGAUUUGUUUUUUAUAUAUAUAUUUUCCCAAUUUUUUAACCUCUUCUCUGUUUCUUCUUUUGCCGGAUAUAAAAAUGAUCCAAUAAGCAAAUUCACAAAAAUGACCCAAAGCCCAUUAAUCUCAAUAGCCCAAUAGACAAUUGUCUCAGUUCAUUCUGCACAUAGGCGUGGCUUCCCCACCUCCCUCCGUCCCGUUGCUGCAGUGGAGAGGAAGAAACUGCAGACGAAGCAAAGUAAUCCAACACAGCAGAAGAAAAAGGCGCUAAUCAAAGUACGCGAAGAAGGUGAAGAAAGAGGAGGAGGAAGAAGAACGUCGAGAUGAAGAUAGAAGAAGUGCAAUCCACAACGAAAAAGCAGAGAGUUGCAACUCAUACUCACAUCAAAGGCCUCGGCCUCGAGCCUACUGGAAAAGCAUUGCCUUUGGCUGCCGGAUUUGUGGGGCAAGCUUCAGCAAGGGAAGCUGCUGGCCUUGUGGUUGAUAUGAUCCGCCAAAAGAAGAUGGCUGGGCGUGCAUUGCUACUGGCCGGUCCCCCGGGCACAGGAAAAACAGCCCUUGCUUUAGGAAUUUCCCAAGAACUCGGUAGCAAGGUCCCAUUUUGCCCAAUGGUUGGUUCUGAAGUGUAUUCGUCGGAAGUAAAGAAGACUGAGGUUUUAAUGGAGAACUUUCGCAGAGCUAUUGGUCUUCGAAUCAAGGAAAACAAGGAGGUUUAUGAGGGAGAGGUGACUGAACUUUCUCCGGAAGAAACUGAGAGUGCUACUGGUGGAUAUGGCAAAAGUAUUAGCCAUGUUAUAAUUGGAUUGAAAACGGUAAAAGGUACUAAACAGUUGAAGUUGGAUCCAACGAUUUAUGAUGCCUUGAUCAAGGAAAAGGUAGCUGUUGGAGAUGUUAUCUACAUUGAAGCAAAUAGUGGAGCAGUUAAAAGGGUAGGAAGGAGUGAUGCUUUCGCCACUGAGUUUGAUCUGGAGGCUGAAGAAUAUGUUCCACUCCCGAAAGGAGAGGUUCACAAGAAGAAGGAGAUAGUUCAGGAUGUGACUUUGCAUGAUCUAGAUGCUGCCAAUGCACGGCCUCAAGGAGGACAAGAUAUAUUAUCCCUGAUGGGACAGAUGAUGAAGCCCCGGAAAACUGAAAUCACCGACAAGCUCAGGCAAGAAAUAAAUAAGGUUGUUAACCGGUACAUAGAUGAAGGUGUGGCAGAGCUCGUCCCCGGUGUCCUGUUUAUUGAUGAGGUUCAUAUGCUGGAUAUGGAAUGCUUUUCUUAUUUAAAUCGUGCUUUAGAAAGUUCACUUUCUCCAAUCGUGAUUUUUGCCACGAAUCGGGGAAUCUGUAGUGUCAGAGGAACUGACAUGAUGAGCCCUCAUGGCAUACCAGUGGACUUGUUGGACCGACUGGUCAUUAUAAGAACAGAAACCUACGGCCCUGCCGAAAUGAUACAGAUAUUAGCUAUCCGAGCACAGGUGGAGGAACUCAAAAUAGACGAGGAAAGCCUGGCGUAUCUUGGAGAGAUUGGACAACAAACAUCUUUGAGGCAUGCCGUGCAGUUGCUGUCUCCGGGGAGCAUUGUCGCCAAAAUGAACGGCCGAGAUAAUAUCUGCAAGGCCGACCUGGAAGAAGUGAACACUCUGUAUCUCGACGCCAAAUCGUCGGCGAAGCUCCUUCAAGAACAGCAGGACAGAUACAUUUCGUGAUGAAUACAAGAAAUUGAGUGUAUGUUUUUUCCCAACUUGGUUGGAUCUUUUCUUUUGGAGAAUUGAUUUUAUGUGAAGCUGUAGAAUUGUUACAACUUUCCCAGAUUUUUAAUGAUGUUCUUGGCCUUUUAUUUUCUUGGAUUUCUGAGUCAUAUUGUGGAUCAUAUAUAUAGAUGAUGAGUUCCUAGUUGAUGUAAUACUUGGUGUGUUGUGGAGGACCAUCUUCACAUCACAUCACAUGUGAAAACAAUUCUAAAAACAUACAUUACUUCUCUCUCA